AUGACUCGUGAAGAGGUCCUCGACCUCCAUUCAACACUCGCAUUACUGCCCCCGGUCCCCAAGACCGCGCCGAGACAGCAUCCUCGAACGCAAACUGGCCGACCUGGUAAACAAGGUCAGCUCCCUAUAUUGGUGGCGUUGGAUGAUGAUCCUACAGGCACUCAGACGUGCCACGAUAUCAUUGUGCUCACAGUAUGGGAUGUGCCGACUCUUGUGGAUGAAUUCCGCUGUACAGUUCCAGGAAGCGGCUUUUUCAUUCUCACCAAUUCUCGCGCUCUACACCCGGGCCCUGCGCGGAAACUCAUUACGGAGAUCUGCCAUAAUUUACAAGAAGCUGCUCGACAAGCCAAUGUAGAGUUCGAAGUGGUGCUGAGAGGCGACAGCACACUAAGGGGUCAUUUCCCAUUAGAGCCAGAAGCCGUGGAAGAAGUGUUGGGGGCAGCUGAUGCAUGGAUACUGUGUCCAUUCUUUCUCCAGGGCGGUCGCUACACAAUCAACGACGUCCACUACGUGGCAGAGGGCAACAAGUUGGUGCCAGCGAGCCAGACUCCUUUUGCUAAGGAUGCAUCAUUUGGCUAUGGAUCCAGUAAUCUUCGAGAGUGGGUCGUGGAGAAGAGUGCUGGCAAGAUCCCACCAGACAAAAUAUCCUCUUUUUCAUUGGAUCUGAUCAGACAUGGAGGUGCGGACAAGGUUUAUGAAAAGCUCAUGUCAAUCGAGAAAGGAGCUGUGGUGGUUGUCAAUGCAGCAGCGGAAGAGGAUCUAGUCGUCGUGGUGAGCGCCCUACGCAAGGCGAGCGCCGAGGCUGGCAAACGUUACCUCUACCGGACCGGGGCUGCUUUUGUCUCUGCGUGGCUGGGAAUCCCGCAAAUAGCACCGAUCACUCUGCAGCGGCUGGGCAUUGAGCAAACAACUACGGGGGGUCUCAUCAUCGCCGGCUCAUACGUGCCCAAAACCACCAGCCAACUCCAAACGCUGCAAGAGCGGAACACCGACGGUCGGCUCGUGGUGAUUGUGCUUGACGUUGAAACACUGCUAUCUGAUUCCGCGAGGAUCGAGAUUGGGGAUGCGGUUUCCUCCACCAAAGAAGCUCUUCUUGCAGGCAAGGACGUACUCGUUAUGACAAGUCGCAAACUCAUCGUGGGUGCUGAUGAGGCGACGAGUCUUGACAUUGGCACGAAGGUAGCAGAGUCAUUGGUGAGGUUUCUUGAGGCCCUUGACACAAAGCCAGGAUACAUCAUCGCAAAGGGCGGGAUCACGUCCUCAGACAUGGCGAGCAAGAGCUUACGCAUGAAACGUGCGCUGAUUGUGGGGCAAGCAGCACCUGGGGUACCGCUCUGGAGAUGCGACGAAGAGACAUCGAAAUGGCCCGGCAUACCCUAUGUCGUUUUUCCCGGCAACGUCGGAACCAAUGACACAUUGGCCGACCUUGUCGAAGCCUGGAGAUCCCCAGCGUGA